UCCCCCUGCAGCGCCUCCCCUCGCGGGGAGGGAGCCGGAGGGGGCUCCCGGAGCCGCGCCGCAGACCUGCUCUGGCUUCGCGUCGCGCCUCUCUGCUUCCAGAGUGGCUGCAGGAGCCGAGGCGGAGGCGGUACGGGGUUCCCGCGACUUGCAGUUUCUCUGGGGAGCUGAGGAGGAGAGUGCGCCUUUCCCCCGCUCCCAGCAACCUCAACCUGUUCCCGGCGCUCGGCGACUCUCACUCCCGGGACUCGCCGCCCAACAUGAAUUUCCCCCUGGCGCUGGCGCUCCUGUCCUCGCUCUACCUGCAGACGGCUGCCGAGUUCGACGGGAGGUGGCCCAGGCAAAUAGUGUCAUCUAUUGGCCUAUGUCGUUAUGGUGGGAGGAUUGACUGCUGCUGGGGCUGGGCUCGCCAGUCCUGGGGACAGUGCCAACCUUUCUACGUCUUAAGGCAGAGAAUAGCCAGGAUAAGGUGCCAGCUCAAAGCUGUGUGCCAGCCUCAGUGCAAACAUGGUGAGUGUAUUGGGCCUAACAAGUGCAAGUGCCACCCUGGAUAUGCUGGAAAAACCUGCAAUCAAGAUGAGCACUUCUACCCAACUCCUCUUGACCAAGGCAGUGAACAACCUCUUUUUCAACCCCUGGAUCAUCAAGCCACAAGUUUACCUGCAAGGGAUCUGAACGAGUGUGGCCUGAAGCCUCGGCCCUGUAAGCACAGGUGCAUGAACACUUUUGGCAGCUACAAGUGCUACUGUCUCAAUGGAUAUAUGCUUAUGCCGGAUGGGUCCUGCUCAAGUGCCCUAACAUGCUCCAUGGCAAACUGUCAGUAUGGCUGCGAUGUUGUUAAAGGGCAAGUCCGGUGCCAGUGCCCCUCCCCAGGUCUGCAGCUGGCUCCUGACGGGAGGACCUGUGUGGAUGUUGAUGAAUGUGCUACUGGAAGAGUCUCCUGCCCUAGAUUUAGACAGUGUGUCAAUACUUUUGGGAGUUACAUCUGCAAGUGUCAUAAAGGCUUCGACCUCAUGUACAUUGGAGGCAAAUACCAGUGUCACGAUAUAGAUGAAUGCUUCCUUGGGCAGCAUCAGUGCAGUGGCUUUGCUCGAUGUUACAACAUUCAUGGGUCCUACAAGUGUAAAUGUAAAGAUGGAUACCAUGGUGAUGGAUUCACUUGUGUCUAUAUCCCCAAAGUCAUGAUUGAGCCUUCAGGUCCAAUUCAUGUACCAAAGGGAAAUGGUACCAUUUUAAAGGGUGAUGGAGGAGAUAAUAAUUGGAUUCCUGAUGUCAGAAGUACUAGGUGGCCUCUGAAGACACCAUAUAUUCCUCCUGUCAUUACCAACAGGCCUACUUCUAAGCCAACAACAAGACCUACACCAAAGCCAAUACCACAGCCCACUCCUCCACCACCACCCCUGCCAACAGAGUUCAGAACACCUCCACCUCCACCCACCCCAGAAAGGCCACCUACCAGACUGACAACUGCAGAACCAGCUACAAGCACAUCUGCAAGAGGAGUUACAGUUGACAACAGGAUACAGACAGAUCCUCAGAAACCCAGAGGAGAUGUAUUCAUUCCACGGCAGCCUUCAAAUGACUUGUUUGAAAUAUUUGAAAUAGAAAGAGGAAUCAGUGCAGAUGAUGAGGCAAAGGAUGAUCCAGGUGUUCUGGUACACAGUUGUAAUUUUGACCAUGGACUUUGUGGCUGGAUCAGGGAAAAAGACAAUGACUUACACUGGGAACCAAUCAGGGACCCAGCAGGUGGACAAUAUCUGACAGUAUCGGCAGCCAAAGCCUCAGGGGGAAAAGCCGCUCGCUUGGUGCUACCUCUCGGCCACCUCAUGCAUUCAGGGGACCUGUGUCUGUCAUUCAGGCACAAGGUGACUGGGCUGCACUCAGGCACACUCCAGGUGUUUGUGAGAAAACACGGUGCCCACGGAGCAGCCCUGUGGGGAAGAAAUGGUGGCCAUGGCUGGAGGCAAACACAGAUCACCUUGCGAGGGGCUGACGUCAAGAGCGUCAUCUUCAAAGGUGAAAAAAGGCAUGGUCACACUGGGGAGAUUGGAUUGGAUGAUGUGAGCUUGAGAAAAGGCCACUGCUCUGAACAACGCUAACAGCUCCAGAACUAGCAAUGAACUCCUAUGUUGGUUGCUCCCUCGUCUUUUUCCAAUCCUCACCUUCUCUCCUCUUCUCCUUCUUAUCAGGCCUAGGAGAAGAGUGGGUCAGUGGGUCAGGAGGAAGUCUGGUUUGUGACCCACAUCUUGCUGGCCUGCUUUGUGCAAUCCCAAUGAACAGUGACACCCUCCUUGAAGGACAGGGACAUCUGUAGACACAUCCAAGCCAUUCUGGGGUGUUGCCUUCCAUCCUAAGUUUUGUUUGGGAAGGCCUUCAGUGUGUGUGACCUAUACCAUCCUUCAUCCUGAUUACAGAGUGCUCCUUGUAGCAAAUUAUGGGGACGUUUUCAAAAGAAGUCUGUGCAAAUGGCCAUUCUGUUAUCUGUUCAGUGUUGUACCAUGAGUAGUAUUGACUUUCCUUAAGAUAUGAUGUACAGUGUGCUUGUGAAAUUGAUUUAUCCUCUUCACUCACGUUAGUUCUGGCCUCACCUGAACUCUGACUUUCACUGCCAUUCACUUUAUGAAAGAAGGGUGUAUAACACAUCAAUUUGCAUUUAUUCUUGUUAUCUGUGUUUUUACUUUAAAGACAAUUAUGUAGAGUGGGCACAGAAUCCCUCGUUGGUAGUAUUGUGUUUUGUGUAAAUGUGCUAUUGAUACUAAGUAUAUACGUGUUCCUAAUAUUUACAGACUCUAGUUGCAAGGUAAAAGGCAGCUUGUGAUCUCUUGAACUAAAAAGACAUGGCAAAAGGUCAUCCAGUUCCAUGACCAAUCCAUUGGCAGCAAGAGAAAAUUGGCAGAGGUUUCAGUUUGUGGAAGGAUGAAUUUUUUUAAAUUGCCUUGAGUUUAGUCUCUACAAGAACAGUAAACUAUUUAGGGAGACAAGAAAUUGCAGUGAACAUAUAAAAACCUCACUGUUUCAAGAUAUAAUUUAAAAUUGAUGGCUUUACCAUCUUAACAUGGCUCUCUCUUAUAAUCUGUAAAAAGCUGUGUAAAAGUUUGGUUUCUGUAGAGGAAAGAUCCUGCUGAUGGAAGCAAGGUAAGAAGAAGAAUAGGGGAAAAGCUCCACUGGAACAGAUCUGUCAUGCGAAACCCCCACAGGUAGAGCUUGCACAUGCCGUCAGGUUAAGAUCGGAAGCAAGUCCUAUGCACUGAGGUAUUGCAUGUGUGGAGUCACACACCAGAGGAAGAGACAGGAUUGGAAUUCUAACAUCCACGGACCCCAACUGUAUUUCCUCCCUGCAUAUUUUAUCUUUAUAUUAAAAAAUACAUAACUUUAAAA